GAGAAUGCUCUUAUCCACACAAUCAUAACCCAGCUCUACACUAAAUAUCUUCAACGUCUAAGACGCCGAAGGCUCGUCGUCUGGCGCUUGGGCUUCCGCUACAAACCUGGCAGCGUAGCGCUCGCCACGAUGGCGCUGCACCUCGUUGCUGCAAGCUCUAUAGCUUUGGCGGCCGGGUCAUACGCCGCUCGGCGCUUGUCCCGGCCGCUUCGGGCACUCGUGCUCGUCGCCAUUGCGUUCGCUUUCUUCGCGCUACCGAUACUUAAUGGCCGCGAGGACCCCCUGCUGGCACAGUCAUUGUGCUGUAUCUUGAGUAUGAGCGCCUUCAAGGCGAUUGCGCUGGCGCAGGGCCGGGGCUGCCUGGCCAAACCCGACCUUGACUUGUGGACGUUCCUCGGCGUGAUGCUGCUGCCCGUCAUUCCCCUGCCAUCCGCACCAGAGCGCUCCAAGCAUGCCGCGAUCGCGCUCCGCAAGGUUCGCGCCGGCCUCACCAAGCUCACGUGCUUUGCCGGUUUGGUGGCUUCCACACUCUGGGCGAUCCACCGCGUGGAGAGGCUGGCUGCCGCCCCCACCGCCUCGCCCCGGGCGGUCCUGGUUGCGCGGUGGCUGAUGCUGGCCUGCCACUGCGGCGGCGGCGCAGCGCUACUGCUGGAGGUGGACGGCUGCGGCGACCUGGUGGAUGCGGCGGCGCUGGCGGGCUGGGGCGUGGCGGCGGAGCCGCACUUCGACCGAGUGUGGCUGUCUUCCUCGUUCACCGACCUGUGGGCUCGGCGCUGGAACCUGACGGUGUCCUCGGUGCUCAAGGCGGCCUUCUACGAGCCGGCCAUGGAGGGUCGCUUCUUCGCGGACGGCCCCUCAGGCACGACCUCAGUUUCGUCCGCGUCCCGGGCGGCCGCAGCCACCCCGGCCGACUCCAGCUCUGCCACGCCCUUCCAGACGCCCGCCACCCCCCUGGCAGCAGCUGUAGCGGCCGCGCCUGCUACUGCCGACGCGCGGCCGUCACAUGCCGAAGUGGCGGCCUGGGCCGCGGCCGCGGGUGCCGACACACCCACCGCCGAGCUGAACUCCGAUGAGCCCAUUCCCACCAUCGCUCUGACCGCUGCUGACGCGACCGCUGGCGCAACCGACUCCACCGCCAUGACCUCGCCGACUUCUUCCCACCGGUCGCGCAGUGAUGCGGCCUGCAGCCUGGACCCCAGCAGCAGCGGCAGCCGCACACUGCUGCAGUCGGAGUGGAGCGCCGGCCGCAGCAGCGCCGCCGCCGCCACGUCGCCGCACCUCCCCAGCGGCGACAGCUGCAGCGGCGACAGCUUCCAGCGCGACCCCGUCCAGUCGUGUGCAGGGCUGCUGGCGACUACUGCCGGCGCGGAGGCCGCCGAAGUCGGCUGCGGUGAUCAGGUCAAGGCCGAAGCCGCUGCUGAGGGGGUGCCGGCGGCGGAGAAGGAGGAGGAUGGAGAGACGGGGCCUGCCGGCGGCGUCAGCCCCAAUGGGCUACGCCGCCGCCGUGUCAACAGCCAGCGCCCGGCCGCCGAUCCUGCUGCCGAUAGCACCCAGGCCGCACCUGCGCCCACACCCGCACGAGCUCCCGCACCCGCAGCGCCGCCGUCUGUGGCGCACAGCUGCGUCAGCAGCAGCCGCGGCGGUGGCGGCGGGGACGUGCGGCUGCGCCGCUUCCUGUCGGGGCUGCUGACCUUCUUCGCCAGCGGGGUGUGGCACGAGCUGGUGGCGUUCACCAUGACUGGCCGCACCACCGGCGGCAGCUGGCUGCUGCUGUUCACACUGCAGGCGGUGAUCCUGAUGGUGGAGUCGGAGCUGCGCAAGGCCACGCGGCGUGCCGGCGUGCGUGUGCCGCUGUGGGCGGCGCGCGUCAUGACCCAGCUGCUGUUCAUGUCCAUGCUUUCGGUGCUGUGGUAUCCGCCCAUGCGCACCACCGGCAUGGUCGACGCGCUAAUGGCACAGGGCGACCGCGCGGUGGCGGCCGCGGCGGCAGCGGCGGCGCGACUAGAGGCGGUGUUGCUGCCGGCGGUUGCGGCGGUGGUGCCGGCGGCCGCCGGCGGCGGCGGUGCCGGUGUCGCACAGGGCGUGCGGGCCUGGCUGCUGUCCGCUGUCACCGCUUCGUGAGAUGGCAUGGAGUGGUGUCGUAAGGUGUAGAACGCAGCUGCGGCCUGCCGGAGGGAAGGGAUGAGACGUAUGGCAUGUUGUGGUGCGGCACGGCCCGGCACGCCAUGCUCACGGGGGACCAGCAAAGGAAACAGCUACUCGAGCGUCUAAGGAGUGAGUCAUCCCUCAAAACAGGGGUGUGGGUCGUUUGAAUGCGCGGGAUGGACUGCGCGAGGGAACCGCAUGCGGGGUGACCUGGACAACCAAGGCUAAGGACCACGGCCAUGCAAAUGCAUACUCGCCACGUGUAUGGGCCUCAACCGAAGCGCAGGUCCUGUGUUGUUGUCUCAAUUUGAAGUUAGGUUUGAGUUGUCGCUAUGGGUGUGGCUGGGCAUGCGCCUGGCCUUGAUAGCUGCAGUUACUGUUGCGGUGGCUCAGUGGAGAGACCGCUGUGAGACUCGAGAGGGUUGAGGGGUUGUGCCGCGUGCAGCACAGUCUGCUUGGUUGUGGGCACGAUUGGGAUCCCGUUCGCCCCAUGAGUGAUUGCUCAUCAGGGGUCGAAUUACGGGACGGCCGUGCCCAGUGUGUUUGCGUGUACAUUGGAGAAGAUUGCACCCAGUUGAAAUACGUAGGGGUUUAGGAGCGUUGCUUGCUGAGUAGGAGUUGCUGAGUGCACAUGCGUCUUGAGUUGCGGCUGAGUUGCAGGUUCUGGCAGCUGCCCUAACUCCACGCAUUCAUACACAACAUGCGUGACGUAUCUCUUUUGAGGAUUUGCGUGCAUCGAGAGGCACAGCAGUCCAUUCCAAUAAUGCUAUUCCAGGUGGAUGUAUACGUGGGUAGCUCUCGUACGCGUUGUUUUGUGUAGGGUAGGUAGGGCCAGCAUUUGGCCAACCGUUACGCGGGCUGCAGGCAAGGCUCCACACGACGUGAAGAGAGAGGUGCACCCGGGCCAGGCCGGGUCGGGGGGGGGGGCAGCGUGUUUGCUGCUGCUGGCCAAUUGCCGCGGGCUGUCGAGAGGUGCUGUAUGCCGUGCGUGACGAGACGCACCUGGACGCCAGUUGGCGGCUUUGCCUGCGGGCGUGCGGCCUUUUAGGACGAGGCGAGACGAGACUUUGCGUGAGAGACCGUGGCGGGGAGGAGAGGUGCAGCAGCAUAGCCAAGGGCCCUUGGUCAGUGCUUGGGCUGAAGGAGAGAAGCCGAGGUGUGUGUGUAUCGUAAACACGAGCCGUUCUGAGGGUGCCGAUGAAGCAAAUGACAGUACCCCCAAAGUGACAUGCAAGACGUACGAGACGUGUUCGCGGCGGCUGGCUGAUGGUGCGCCAACGGUGCAGCGGCACCAUGCAGGUUUUGUUACGCCACCGACAUCUGCAGCUGGCUGGGGGUGUUGCUGGCUCGAAGGACGUCCAUGUGGCACUCGCCCUGAUGGCUGAUUGCCACCGCCGGAACCGCCGCUGCCGAGGCCGCCAGCUGGCGGCGGUUCCUUCUGUGUGACAUUGACGUGGCGGGCGUGUUGGGCGCUGCUGCAGACACGGUUGGUGCUGCUGAUGAUGGAGGUGGCGGAGGUGGAGGAGGCACGGGUUCCUGAUCGACACAGAGCUGAUGACCGUGCUCAACCUGGCAGCCCUGGCGGUUCCGGAGGGCGCUGGCGGAGGCGAUGCCGCGGUCGCAGCCGCAGCCGGCAGCCCCACGUGCCGUGGGCGCCUGGCGUCUGGCGCGUUGCAGGAGCUGGAGCUGGAGCUGGAGCAGGCUCUGCUACAAAUCAACAAAUGACGGAGGUCCCAGCAUGAGAGAUUGCAUUGGGGGACCUGCUGACGCUGGCAUGAGAGGUGGGCCUGAUGGGCGACGGCGCAGCAGGUGGAUCGCGGGCGUGCGUGAGUGGCCUGUAUGCUCAAACCACUGUCACAGUGUCACCGCGUGCCGUGUUCAAGUGGGCGAGGCGUGGCCGCGUGGUUGGCAGAGGCGGAGGGUGGUGGGUGCGGCAGCAGCGGAGGUGGAGGAGGAGAAGGAAGAGGAGCACGGGCCGCUCGCAGCAGGUGCCGUUGCGCUGUCUGGCUCCCACCCGCGCACUACUACUAAGAGCGACGGUGGUUAAGGAGGAGGAGGUUGGAGGGGGCGGUGAGCGGCUGCAGGGGCAGCACGGCUGCCGCGGGGCAAUGGAGUGCUGCGGUUGGGCCUGCCAGGAGGCGCACUCUGCGGCGCUGCGGGCGGGCCCUGGGGAAGGCUCUCCGCUGGGUGGGUACGCCGGCUUGCUUAGCGGAGCGGCUCCCAGCAGGGGGGUUCUCGAGGGGUUCCCCCGGCCCACAUAGACAUCGUGAUGAGGUUGCGGAGUUUGUGCAGGCGCGGGGAAGGCGGGUGUCGACCAGGCGGCAUGCAGGGGUCGGAUGGUCCGGGUGGAUGUUCAUGUCCAGAAUGACGUUCGUGUACCAUGCCACCAGAACAUCCUAUCGACCUUAUAUUUAUAGAGGCAAUAUCAUAACACUUCCUAGGCCGCGCGGUCGUAGCUCCUUACCCUGUAUCGACGGAACGUCGGGAGGAAACUGACGUUGCCGGUUUCGUGGUUUCUU